GCAUAACAUACAAAUCGGAUAAAUAAACUCAAGUGUUCUGUACAAAUCAAAAGAAACUAUAAGCCGUGCCAAUAAUACGAGGAUGUGUACAAAUAUGUGAAAGUGACAGUCGCAAAAUCGACUUCGUUUUUGUGUGAUUAUAAUGUUAUUUCGCAUAGUUUCAAGUACCGCCAGUUAGACAGUGUUGUGGACGUGAGAAAUGUUGGAUUUGUGUAUUUGGUGUAGCCUGGGGGAUACUUGAGGCAUAAUGUUUGAAGCGGGAUAAAGAGAAUAGCUUUGUUGUCAGCUAUAAUGCAAGACGAGUGUACGAUUGAGGUGGAUAAGAGCAGGUUCGAGCGGCGGAAACCUACGAAGGUGCUGAAGAUAGCGGAGAGUUUUACUAAUUUGGAUGAGACUGCUAAAGCGGGGAGGUUCGUGAGGGGCCCUCACUCAAAGACCGGCAGGAGGUUUCGCGAGGAAAAUGGCAGCAGGACGAAACGUGCGGUGUGUUGUGAUGAUGAUUGUGAUAAGGAGUCGAGUGUCAGUGAGGGGGAGAAGUUAGGGGACAGGCGAGUGACCGGGUCCUCGUGCAAAGCUCUGCGGACAGCUGUAGCUGCUCUGUACCCGUUUGACGACUUCACUCUGGAGAAGAUUGGUUCCGGCUUCUUCUCUGAAGUUUUCAAAGUGACCCACAAGACAUCGGGAAAAGUGAUGGUGCUGAAGAUGAACCAGCAAAGGGCGAACCGGCCCAACAUGCUCCGUGAGGUACAGCUCAUGAAUAAGCUCAAGCAUCCUAAUAUACUUGGGUUCAUGGGUGUGUGCGUCCACGAGGGCCAACUCCACGCGCUCACGGAAUACAUGGAGGGCGGUUCUCUGGAGCAGUUAAUCCUAGGCGAGGAACCGUUGCCGCAGCCCCUACGAGUUUCCCUCGCCGCUGACGUCGCCUCCGGCAUGGCGUACUUGCACUCGCUUGGCGUCUUCCAUAGGGAUCUCACCGCUAAGAAUGUACUACUUAGAAAAGUCGGUGACGGUGACUACACUGCCGUGGUAGCCGACUUUGGCUUGGCUGCUAAAAUACCCCAUCCUGUUAACGGGUACCGGUUACCAAGCGUGGGCUCGCCGUGGUGGAUGUCGCCCGAAUGUCUGCGCGGGCGCUGGUACGACCAUCGCUCCGACAUUUUCUCCUACGGCAUUAUACUCUGCCAGCUUAUCGCCAGGGUGGACGCCGACCCGGACGUGCUGCCGCGCACCGACAACUUCGGCCUCAACUACAUGGCGUUCGUGGAGCUGUGCGACGAGCGCACCGUGCCCGAAUUGCUGCGGCUCGCUUUCAACUGCUGCAUUUACGAGCCUAAGGCGCGUCCACUAUUCCCCGAAAUAGUGGAGAAGCUCGCCGAAGUCAAGGUGGGUCUCGACGACGCUGCCUGGCGCUGCCACACGCCCAGCACGGCCGAGAGGCUGCUGCGCGACACGCACGCCGCGCCGCACCCCGCGCGCCGCCCGCUCGACACCUUCCGCGGCGUCAAGAAGAUCCUGGAGCCGGCGGCGGCGGCGCGCCAGUCGGGCUUCUCGUCGUGCGUGGAGCUGCCGUCGCCGCUGCUGCGCGCCGACGCCGAGGCGCUGUCGGACGACGAGCCGCGCUGCGCGUCGCUGCCCUCGUCGCCGGGGCUCAGCCGCCGCGGCUCGCUGGAGCGCGUGGAGCCGCCGCCCGCGCCGCCGCCGCGACCCGACUUCCCCAUCCAGAAGAGCAACUCCAACAUCGAGCUGCGCCGCCGCGGCUCCUGCGAGAGCGGCAUCUUCUCGGUGGCCAACGAGGACUUCUGCCCGCAACACCCCGGCGCCGAGUGCUUCUACGGCGCCAUGUGCCCGUGCUCGCUGAUGGGCUGCCACCGCUGCUGGUGGUGGCAGCGCGACGCCGCCUCGGACGAGUCGGCCGACGACGAGUUCGACGAGCCGCGCGACGAGCCCGAGGCGGAGUGCCGCGCCGGCGCGCCCGUGCGCCUGUGCGCCGACUGCCGCCUCGUGUACGACCGGCUGCUGAACGCGCGCGCGCCGCGGGCGACGGCGCUGCUGCGGCCCGCGCCCUCCGCGUCCGCCAACUCUAGCCUGUUCGUGCUGGACGACUCGGCGCUGUCCACCACCACGGUGAGCUCGCUGCGCAGCCUCGACGACCUGGAGGAGGCGCCCGCGCUGCCGCGGCGCGAGCCCGAGCCGGCCUCGCCCUUCCUGUGCGGCCGCCUGCCCGAGGCCGAGCCGGCCGAGAGGGUGCGCGAGUACCACAUCCUCGACCGCUGCUGCUGCGUCAGCCACGCCGAGUGCCCGGGCGGCUGCGUGUCCGUGCACUCGCCGCUGGACGCCGACGACCUGAUGGCGCUGCGCCGCGGCCCGCCGCACCACCACCUGCUGGGCUCGUACAAGCGCACGUCCAGCGUGUACACCGACUCGUCCGAGGACGUGGCCUCGCUGGCCGGCUCCGACAGCCUGUACUGCGACGAGCGGCUGCCGCGCCACGUGCGCUCGGCGCAGAUCUCCAAGAUCGUGGAGUACUUCGAGCGCAAGGGCGCCGACUUCAAGUGCGAGCGCGCGCUCAAGGGCCACCCGCGCUUCCGCAUGAGCGGCCUGGGCUUCGGCAAGGUGGAGAUGCUGCACUUCGGCAGCGAGGAGCGCAGGGGCCGGGAGUACCCGGUGGACGUCAAGCACCGCAGCCGCCUGGCCGAGCGCAGCGACGAGCUCUGCGGCCGCAAGUGCGCGCAGCAGCGGCUCAUGAUCUGCGAGGGCGCCGUCAAGUCCAAGCUGCCGCUCUUCGACAAGAAGUCGUAGCACCGCGCCGGCGACGACCGCCGCGAGUAGCGCGCGUGCCCGACUCGGAAGGCGGCGCAGGACCGACCGGCCAGUGCGCUUGCGACCGUUCGGCGAGGCGACGUCGUCGUGCAGACAGGAGGGUGCGGUGAUCCGUGUACUUGUGUCAAAUUUACAGUGACUAGUGACUUCCAUAGCGUUAAAAGAUAUUUUUAUUCGUAAUAAAAUAUACAGGCGACAGAGAGCAAUAUACGUUAUUCGAUCGAUACAAAUAUUUCUUUAUACUUUGUAACAGUAUUCAAGGCUAGUGCCAAUCCCGUCGAGAGUUAAAAACUAUACACGUACGAUGACAAUAUAUAUAUAUAUAUUACUGAGUGAUGGCGAACACUUCAAGUUAUUAAUUCGAGUUUAUUUGACGACUGAAUAAAGUAAGCAUUUCGUUGGAGUUAAAAUUGAGAUUAUAGAGCAAUGGUUGUAGAUAAAUCGAUUAGAAUAGCCUAAAUUCGGGGUGAAUAGUCAAUGUGUGGUCGAAUAGUCCUUGUUGAUUGAAAUCGAGGCCUAUUCUUACUGACGUCGAUUUUGUGUAUACGUCCGACAAAAAUUGCUUCAUUUUUUAAACCAAUGAGAAUUGAAUAUUAACGAACUACAAAAUCGGCGUCAUAUGGCCUUUAGUCGAUUUUAGUCUAUUGUUGGUACAUUACUUUUCAACAUCGGAUUUCUAAUAACAUAGAGAUUUUUCUUUUCAUAACUAACAACGUUAUAGUCUUGUUACACAGGUGUCUUGUAAAUAUUAUUAUUAGGUUAUUUUUGUUUCAUUUAUACUUAUGAUUUUUAUACAGUAUUAUCAUUGUACUUGCCAGUUCAGAUAUAAUUUAAGCGUGUAAAUAAUUAUGUUGCUACUAAGAUUUAUUGCGAUCAUAAUAACAUUUUGUACUUUCCGAAACUGACAACUGAAGUUUUAGUUGUCAUUCUGUAGUCAAAAUUUUAGAUAUUUUUUCUUAAUAAUUUAAUUAAUAGUUAUUAUAAUAAAACA